AUGGCGGCGGCGGACCUGCAGGAGCUGCGGGCGCUGGUGGAGCGGGCGGGCGGCCGGCGGGCAGUACUGCUGGUGGCCGAGGUGGCGGAGGGGGCCCCAGCGGCGCGCGCUGUGGGCGUCCUGCUGCCCGGCGGGGACGGGGAGGACGCGGCGGUGCUGGACGCGGCGCUGCGGCGGCACUUCCCGGCGCCCGGCACGGUGCAGGCGGCCCGGUACAGCCCGGGCAGCCCCGGCGACUGCCGUGCCGCCGCCUGCCGCGCCCUGCGGGCUGCCCUGCAGCACCCCGCAGAAGACAUGAAAGACAGGGAGAGGUGGAGGUUGCCAUCCUUUCUGCAGUGCAUUUCUUGGAACCAGAGGAGCUGCAGAAAAGAUUACAAAGCAAAAGCUGAAAACAACAUUCAUGAAGAUGGCCUGCAGGACCCUGAGGAAGAAGUGGCUCUGGCCAGCCUUUCCCCCAAUGGGAACUGUGAAGAAGCUGCUGGAGGCACAGGCACCUAGAGCUGCUGGGCAUCCAGCACAGUCCACAGCCCAGACCUGCCCAGGGGAUUUGGAGCAAGGGGAGGAGGAGCUGGUGCAGGCCCUCUCCUCCAAGGACACACAGCUCCAGGGAAAAGCUGCUUGGCUGAACUCGUCAGGGUGUUUUGAGCUGCCAGCAGCACUGAGGGGCUGUGCCAGAGAGCCAUUCCCUGCUGCCCCGGGGCACUUGGAGCUGCAGCUGGACACUGGGCCUCUGAGAAGCCCUUUGGGGAUGUAGCUCACAGCCCGGGCAAUCCGACGUUGGGACUUUGAGUGUGAAAUGCAGCCGCCUGUUUGAAGAAUGAGAAAUGUUUUCUGAUUCUGAGCAAAGCUCCCUGCUGAGGUUGCUGGGGCUGGCCUCCCUGGCAGACUGAUUCUGCUGCCUUGUUUUCCUGCUUUAUUGGUGCUUGGAAGUUCUCACCCUCUUUGUGAUCAAAAACCAGACCAGAACAGAACAAACCAAACCAAACCAAAACACACAAUCCCCCCCAGCCAAGUAACAGAGUGGCUUGGAGACUGCAGUGGGACUAAAUGCGAGCUCUGGGAUCCACCAGCGACUGAAAAGGCUCGAAUGUAACAGUGUAACAUGAAGAAUGCAGCAACAGCCCAGAGUGGCAAGAAUAACGUGAAA